UUACUCAAGAGAGGGGGCCAUGCUUAUAUAAACCGAUUGGUAGCAAAGUUCUGCAAACUCUGUUGGUAGAUUGUUCGUCAAGAAGUGCAGUGAUUUUGGUAUUUUUCUACACACCCCUGUUUGAUCCAAGACAAAGUUUCGUUUCAUAACAUUUCAGAAUGAAGAUCGCAGCAGGACUUUUACUUCUGAUAGCCAGCGCAUUGGCGUACCCAUUAGCAGAGUCUGAUGUCAAGAGCUCAGAGGUUCCACUAGUCAUCACCGACUAUUCAUCAGUUGCAAAAGCGGAAGUAGUUCAUGAUGCCCCCCAUGGAGCAGCUGGCCAUGCACACGAUUCAGACGAGUCAUCAUCAUCCGAAAGCUCAGAAAAAUCUGCCGAAAUCGAGAAACCCAAACAAGACAAGUCUGAAGAAAGCAGCGAAGAAGGUGUGAUGCAAGAUGGUAUUCCUGCUUCUACUUUGAAGUCGAUCGAAGCGAAACCAGAAGCCAAAGAAGAAGCCAAGGAGUUACCUAAACCACAAGAACCUGUCCCAAUCGCUGAAGCCGAAAAAGCCGUCAAGCCUGAAGAAAAUAAAAAAGAGGAAAUCCCUAAAGUAGAGAAACCAGAAGAAGAUAAAAAGGUAUCACCACCAUCUCUCAAAUCUCUACCCAUUGAGGAUAAACCCAAACCUGCUGAAAAACCCGAACAAGAAAUCAAAGUUCCAUCUGAACCAGUACCCACACUCAAAUCCAGUGCUCCUGUAGAAGCCUCAAAUGAAAAGAAAGAAGAACAAUCCCCAGCAGAAUUAGAGAAACCAUUGGCUCUUCCAGCUUUGAAAAAAGAAACACCAGCUGAACCUGCCAAAGCCGAAGAAGCCGCCCCAAGUGAACAAAAAGUUGAAGCCUCUCCUGUUGUUGAAGAAGCUGUACCCCAAUUGAAAUCUACCGAAAAUUUGGAAGAAAAACCAGUAGCACCUUCAACUGAAAAAAUAGCCGAAAAGAAGGAAGUCUCUUCUGAAAACGAAAAGCCUUUGGAAAAACCAGAUGAUAACAAAGUUGAGGAAGUGAAGAAAGAAGAAAAAAAAGCUGAAGAAAUCAAAGAGGAAUUGAAACCAGCUGAUGUACCCGAAGCUAAGUCAGUAGUUAUCCCAGAAACUAAACCCGAAGAAAAAAAGAGCGAAGAAGCCAAACCUGAAGUAAUUGUACCAACAGUAAAAUCACUUUCUGGAGUUGAAGAUAAAGCAAUUGAAAAGAAGGCUUUACCCGAAAUUCCAAAAGAGACACCUGCUGUUCCAGAAUCAAAACCUAUCGAGAAGAAAGUAGAAAAGGUAGAAGAAAAACCUAAAGUAGAAGAAAAAUCAAAAGUAGAAGAAAAACCAAUAGUAGAAGAAAAACCAAAAGUAGAAGAAAAACCAAAAGUAGAAGAAAAACCAAAAGUUGAAGAGCCAAAGGUAACGGCAAAAUCAAUCGAAGAGAGUAAACCCGAAGAAAGUAAGCCAGAAGAGAAGAAACCCGAAGUAAUCACAACGGAAAAAGUACCUCUCACUAGUGUGUCAAGUUCUUGAAGUUUUUAGGAUUUUUCUAACUCAACAAGUUCCACAGACUGACAGAGGUUUGCUUGCCCUUUUGUUCCGAAGCACUUAAAAAAUGUGAACAUCUGGUUAACCAGACCUCAACCUCAUUGAUUCUUAUUUAUAAUGUGCUCGAUUCCUUGUGGUGGAGCAUUUGUUGCUGUCGACAGGGUGGUCAAUAAUUGUUUUUCGUUGUGUAAUAGUGUCAUCAUCGCUCAAUGAAGGACUUAAUUCAUUUCAUACAUAACCGACUUUGCCAACUAAGUGAAUAAGUACGUCACAAUUCUAGAUUAUAAACGUAAUUUAAAGAAUUAAUUUAUGUAUUUGAACCGUUGAAUAAAGUUUGAUACAUA